UGAAGCAACAUAAUCUAAUUUCAGCUUUUCAGGGCACUGGUGGCUCUUCGCUAUUCGGGGUGUCGCAUUACCAAACGUUACCCAAACUUUUUGGAUUUAAUCAUUGCUAGCCGUGGAGUGGAAAGUUCCCCACCGAAACCGCCCCUCCUACUACUAAGGAUCUAUGAUAGCAAACAUGUACAAAUUGACAAGAGUCAGUUAAGAGCGCUUCACACUGUUGAGGACCCAAACCAGUUUAAAAUGACCACCGGCGUGGAGAGGCUUUUCGACGAACUUGGACACUUUAAAAGGUUUCAGGCAUGCCUCUACUUUGCUGCAAUUUUCCAGGCCAUCUCUUGUGGAAUACAUUACCUAGCCUCAGUGUUUUUAGUUGAAACACCAAAAUUUCUUUGUAAUGCUCCUUCAAAUAUCACAGAUGUUCUCUAUAAAAACCUCUCAUUAACAUCCCUGGCAGAUAUCUGGACUCAUUAUAAGCCAGGUGAUGGACCUGUGGUUGUACGGACAUCUCAAGGAGACCAGUGGGAGCUUAGUCCUUGUUUAAAAGCACUGCGGCUUGAUGCCAUUAAUUUUCAAUAUGAAUUUUUUGGGAACAAAUCCGUGGAGUCUUGUGGUGCAUUUGUAUAUGACCACAGUGAGGUUGAGCAAAGCAUCGUAACGGACUGGGACCUGGUGUGUGAGAAAGAAUGGCUGGCCAAGCUUACACAACCAACUUUCAUGCUGGGCGUUUUGAUUGGAGCAUUGAUGUUUGGGGAUGCCGCAGAUAGAAUUGGCAGACGGCCUGUUCUUAUGGCUACCAGCUUGUGCCAGUUUAUUUUUGGGGUCACUGUAGCAUUCACAGGAAACUACUAUCUCUUUGUGGUGAUGCGAUUCCUUCUCGCAAUGGUAUCGAGUGGGUAUCUUGUUGUAGUCUUUGUGUAUGUGACAGAGUUUACAGGAAUUAAGGUGCGCACAUGGACCUCUAUGCAUGUGCACGCAGCCUUUGCUGUUGGCAUUAUGGUAGUGGCUCUAGUGGGUUACCUUGUACGCAUCUGGUGGAUCUACCAAAUCAUCCUCACACUCAGUACCUCCCCGUUCUUACUUUACUGCUGGAAAUUUCCAGAAACGCCUUUCUACCUGAUGGCUAAAGGCCGGUACAAGGAAGCACAGGAGCUGCUGGACACUAUGGCCUACAUCAAUGGCCUGUCACCCACACUUAAGGUGUCAGAUUUACUUGAUGAAUGCGACAGAACACCAUUGAAGGACAAUAAACAGGCAAUGGAAGUUGAGAAAAGGCUGAGCAUGCUGGACAUGUUUGGAAGCUUGAAAAUGGCCGGCCGCAGUGCCACCUGCUGGGCUAUCUGGUUUAUCGGAAGCUUGGGAUACUACGUCUUUAGCCUGGGCUCUGUGAACUUGGGAGGAAACCAGUAUAUCAACCUCUUCUUGGCUGGUGCUGUUGAGGUUCCUUCGUAUCUGAUUGGCUGCUUUGCAAUGGAUCGGUUUGGUAGGAAGAAGACGUGUGCCCCGGCUCUACUGCUCAGUGGAGUAGCCUGCAUGCUCAUUAUUGUGGUGCCCCAGGAUAUCGAAGUGUUGGCUAUAGUCCUGAGUAUGACAGGAAAAUUUGCCAUUGCCAUUGCAUUUGGUCUGAUUUACUUGUACACCUGUGAGCUUUACCCCACAAUUAUCAGGUCUCUGGCUGUAGGGAGUGGUAGUAUGAUGUGUCGGGUGGGAAGUGUUGUGGCUCCUUUCUGUGUUUACCUUGCUGACAUCUGGAUCUAUCUGCCGCAGCUCAUUGUGGGAAUUCUGGCGUUCAUUAUUGGGAUCUUGACUAUGUUUCUGCCAGAGACUCUGGGAGAGCCCCUUACCUCCACUUUGGAAGAAGCUGAAGCUCUUGGCUCAAAGCCCAACACAAAGAACUCUGAAGUGAAUGCACUAGAGAUGAACCAGUCCAUCAAAGCUUAAAUCCUUUUUCACACAGGAUUCCUAAAAGUGCCUCGACUGACUGACAACAGUACACACUCUAUUAUACAAUCAUUUCUUUUUUUUUGACAAAUGUGAUAGUUUUUUGGUGCAGGCUUUUGUGGGUGGAUGAGGCUGUUGUGUGUGUGUGUUUGUGAGUUUGAGAGUGACAUUUGAAAAAUGACUGCUAAACAUUAACAGUAUAUUUAACUGUGAAUGUGAAAUUUUUAUAAUUUUAUCUUAAUUUUAACACUGUCAGAGUUAGCAAGGCAGGACCUGGUGUAUCUAAACCACUAUAACAUUUUUCCAUUUCAGCCUGUUCACUUAUGCACAUAUUGAGGUGCUGCUAUAAAGGGUAAUUUAAGCAGAUAAAAAGAUGAAUUGUCUGUUAAAAAUAAUGUUAAAGUAGAAGCAUUGCUAAAAACAAAAACCAAGAAAUCAGUGUUAUCGAAAUAACCGAAUUUCCCAUCAAACCUUUGACAAACGUUGUUAAAUGCAUUCGAUUUAGGUUGAAUUUGUUAGCAUUUUUUUUAAUUUGUAGAAUUUAAGAAAUCCAAAUCUCAAAUUUUUCAGCUGAUUUUAGCUGUUUUAUUUGAUUUUAUUAGGAACGUGAGCAAACAUUUUGAUACAUUUAUGUGUUAAAGGUGCUGUAUGUAAGUUUUUGACUCUUCUAAAGCAUAAAAAUACUAUAAUAUGUUCGCAGAUAUUAAAGAAACAUGCUAAGUGAACAUUGUUGUUUAUCUGAAAAACAAUGUUGAAGACAGAUAUUUUGCUUUGAAAAUGUACAUUACGUGGCAGAACGUUGUCUUUGUUUUGGUUCUUUUAACCCACCCAAUGCCAGUUUAGCCAAUUAUAUUUCAGUGUUGCCUUUGUGAAAAACAGCGUAUUUCAUUCAUUCAUUCAGAAUGGCUCUCAAAACAUGCGGCCGUGCCCGAAAUGCAACCUCCGGUGGACAUUAGACACCGAAAUGAGACGCAGAUUCAGAGUUCCACAUGAGGUGGUUAAUUAGCAAAUAAUAUAAAUAUUACGAGCGUAAACCUUAGGUGAGCAGGUUACAUUGUAACCCCUUGUCAAAACACGCUACAGUACGUGAUGAGAUUUGCAGUGAUAAGCAAUUUGGCUGUUUGCACCAGACGAAACACGACUGAAAUUUAAAUUCAGCCAUUCAGAAGCACAGAAUAUACACUCACUCACGAAAUGGUAAGGUUUAUGCUCUAAUUAAUACAUAUUAAACCUCUUUAACAUUAUUAAAUGCACAUGCAGAAUCACUAAUAUGUGUUUUAUUUUUUGAGUGACGGUGCUGAAGUUCAAUUUCAAACCGUUUAUUUUAUUUUCAAGAUCUGAGGUGAACUAUCUGCUGCUGCUUUCAGUAUAUGGCAAUAAAUGUCAUGUGAAAUGGCAUUCAAACUCACAUUAUUAGCAUUUAACAAUGAAUAAAGCACAUGAGGCGUACCUGAGGUGAUCACAGUUUAUCCUGUUGUCUAGCUGCAAGAAAUAGAAACCAUUUCUAAAAUAUCAAUUCGAGGUGUUGGUUAGGACAAAAGCUCCACUUAAUAUGAAAAAUAUUUCUUCUAUCAUGUGCCGUUGCUUUUAUUUAGAACACAGUUUAAAUCAGCCUUUAAGUUCGACAGUCAGACCUGCUCCUCAAUCUGGCAACCUGCGCUUGCAUUUGUUUUAAUCCAGGAAUGUAAUACUUAAUUCAACCACUGGGUGUCAAAUUUACAUGCUGCACCUUUAAGGAUUUUAAACCCCACCUAACCUUGUCCAUUGACAAUAUUAGCACAAGCAUUGCUUCAGUUGAUAAUGGAAACUUUUGUUUCUUUUGAGUUACAGUAACAGUGUUAGUUUUUAUUCAUUGAAAGUCAGAGCUUGUUUGUGUGAAGCGGUUUUAUACAAUUGCAUCUCAGGAUUAAGCUCCAAAUGGAUCAGUAUUGUUCAUAGUAAACUGUGACUGUACUUUAGAAUAUUUCAGAACUUUAUUCGGGGUUUUUUUUUUUUCAUUUUAAUUUAAUCCUCCUGUCCUGUGUUCUCGUUUGCUAUGUAUAGGACAUGCCUUUUUUGUUGUUGAAGAUUUAAAAGUAGUAUCGUGUGCUAAAAUUGUUGUUGUUUCCCUCAAGCUCUUAAAUCUGUUGUGCGUUUUUGGACCAAAGAGACAGGGAUAGUUGAAUCUUACUGUAGUUACACACAGUUGUCAUGGCAACAUGUUUAUCUAUAAAAUGUCAUGUAUUAAUAAAUAUUAUCUUUAAAACA